GCGCCAGAGACCGCAUCUCGACCCCGCAAUGUGUUAAUGCUCGGGGAAACUCAAAAGCCAACAGUUAACCGCAGGAUCAUCGAGCAGAGAAAUCCUUCUGGGCCAAUUGUGCACGAAUUCCACCCGCCUUCGCCACGAUGUUCAGCUCUCGCGAAGUAGCUUCAAAGGCCGCGCGAGCAGCCAAAAGGGCCCAACGGAUCACAACCACUGUCUAUAAUUCCACUCCAAAGAACAGAGCCCAUGCGAAAAGAUCAUUCGGAACAACAUGCGCUAGAGCGGAGGAACGACCGACAUUCAAAGGUCAACUGUAUGAGAGUACACAGCAGAGAAUACAGCGUGAACGGGCAGAGCUUGAGCGGUAUGCUCGGAUGCAAAAAGACUCGUCUGCUUUGCGAAACACAGCAAUUACUUUCACUGUCCUCGUCACGGCACUUGGAUGUUACUACCUAGGAUCCUUAAGACCUGCUGCCUUACCGGAAUCGUCCACUACGCCUCUAUACAGUGCUCCAAAGCCUCAUCACGAUACUUCACCGGGUAACCUUCAAGCCGCCUGGUCUGAUUUUAUCCACAUUGUCGGGAAGGAAAAUGUUUCCACGGACAAGGUUGACCUGGAUGCGCACGCCGGAUCGGAUUGGUCGUCCUACACCGCGAAAGAGAGCGAGAGGCCAUUUUUAGUCGUAUUCCCUUCCACCACAGAAGAAGUCUCUCGCAUAAUGAAGGUUUGCCAUGAUAGAAGGAUCCCAGUUACGGCUUUUUCGGGCGGCACGAGCUUGGAAGGACACUUCUCUCCCACGCGAGGUGGCGUCUGCGUCGACUUCGCCCGCAUGGGCAACAUCAUAGCUUUGCAUGAGGACGAUUUAGACGUUGUAGUGCAACCAGCGGUUGGAUGGGAAGACUUAAAUGAAGAGCUUGCCAAGCGCGGGCUAUUCUUCCCUCCUGAUCCUGGCCCAGGUGCGCAGAUCGGAGGUAUGGUGGGAACCGGCUGUUCUGGGACCAACGCUUAUCGAUACGGAACGAUGCGCGAAUGGGUACUCUCAUUGACCGUCGUUCUUGCCGAUGGAACUAUCAUCAAGACGAGGCAGCGUCCCCGGAAAUCCAGCGCCGGAUAUGAUCUUACAAAACUGUUUAUUGGCAGCGAAGGCACGCUGGGCCUCGUUACUGAAGCCACACUAAAGGUCACGCCAAAGCCAAAGAGCGAAAGUGUCGCAGUAGCUGCUUUCCCAUCGAUUCACUGUGCUGCUGAAUGCGUUGCUCGAGUCGUUGGUGAAGGUAUCCAAGUUGCAGGUGUCGAAAUCCUGGAUGACGUUCAAAUGAAAUGCAUCAACGACAGCCAGACGACGAGACGGACAUGGAAAGAGGCCCCGACUAUCUUCUUCAAGUUCACCGGAACGCCCGCCGGGGUCAAAGAGCAGAUUAAAAUUGUUCAGAAGAUCGCUAAGGAUACGAUGGGCCAGUCAUUUGAAUUUGCUCAGGGACGAGAUGAGAUGCAGGAGCUGUGGAGCGCAAGGAAGGAAGCCCUGUGGAGUGUCAUGGCGAUGAAAAGAGACCAGAACGAUCACGUCUGGACUACUGAUGUUGCGGUACCGAUCAGCAGAUUGCCUGAUAUCAUCGAACAGACAAAGGAAGAUAUUACAAAAAAAGGGCUGCUAGGAGGUAUCUGUGGACAUGUGGGUGAUGGAAAUUUCCACGCUAUCUUAUUAUUCAAUGAUAGCGAACGUAAUGUUGCUGAAGGUGUCGUCCAUAGAAUGGUGAAACGAGCUGUUGAAAUGGAGGGAACAGUUACCGGCGAGCAUGGAGUGGGACUUAUUAAACGAGACUAUCUUCCUCACGAACUCGGCGACUCUGCCGUGGAUACUAUGCGCAAGAUCAAGCAAGCUCUCGAUCCACUAUGCCUUCUUAACUGCGAUAAGGUCGUAAGAAUGGAGCCUCCAAAGCAAGGCGAGAUCAAAAAGUGGUAA